UAACACGUAGACAAUGGACAUAGGGUACAUGUACUACUAAGUAGUAGUCAUUCGGAUUCGGAACAUUGAAGUCAACAAUUGACGAAGCUUUAAAAUUACUAGGAAGGUUUCAUCAUCUUUCUACCAAGAACCAGACCUAUCUAGUGUACCUAGGGACCUUCAUAGUAACCUAAACUGCCUAACCUAGGCAAAUGUUGCCACACGUCACUUUCAGAUUUUCGAGCCAAAUUUGCUAUUACACCAUUUAAACUUUUGGAUCCUGGAAAGCUCGGAAUUCCUUCAAUUUCUUCAAUUUCUUCAAUUUCUUCAUACAUCCCACAUUCUACAAAAGCCAGAUAACACAUAAUCAGAUGAUUCCGCAUCUGGUCUUUUGUAAUCGUUCCAUCUAAUCCUAACUACUUCUAUGGUCUUAUUCAAAAGCCUAGAGUAAGGAUGGCUCUUGUCGACAAUCCCCAGAUCAAGAGCGCCGAGCUGCUAUCGCCUCUACCUCUAUAUUUCCAUGCCUAUGUCGCGCCUUUCUUGAUUAUAUGGCCUAUUUUUGCUAGAGUCUUCUAUACGCCAAGUCUAUACGAUCAGCACAUUGGUUCAUCGGAGUGGACUUUUGUUUGGUGCGGCACCAUUAUCACGUUGCAGAGCUUGGUUUGGCUAAGCACCAACUGGAACAUCAAUCUCAAGGGUCUUUUUACUGCCACCAAGGUGAAAAGAGUCGAAGAUGCCCAACUGAUCAAGGUGAUUCCUAUCGCCAAUGCCGGUACCGCCGAUAUAUGUCCCCUUAUUCGAGAAAAGGUUGGCGAUAAGAUAAAUCUGUCCUUCCUUUUCCAGAAGCGCCGUUUCCUCUAUGAACCCGCGAAGCAGACUUUCACUCCACUAACCUACGAAAUCGAUGCGGAGCCCAAACCUCAAAUCCAAUCAUUUCAGAACUCGAAAGGUAUAACGUCUCAGGCUGAACUGACAAGACUGGAGCAAUACUAUGGCACCAACACAUUCGAUAUUCCUGUUCCUACCUUUUCGGAACUCUUCCGAGAACAUGCCGUCGCUCCCUUUUUCGUAUUUCAGAUUUUCUGCGUCGGCCUGUGGAUGUUGGAUGAGUAUUGGUACUACUCCCUGUUUACCCUCUUUAUGCUUGUCGCCUUCGAGAGCACAGUGGUUUGGCAACGGCAACGGACCCUAAACGAGUUUCGAGGCAUGAGUAUCAAACCCUACGAUAUGUGGGUGUACCGACUAGGCCGCUGGACGGAAGUUCAGAGCGACAAGCUUUUGCCAGGUGAUCUCGCUUCCGUUGCGCGCACAAAGGAAGACAGCGGUGUCGCAUGCGACAUGCUUCUUGUUGAGGGCACCGCCAUUGUCAAUGAAGCUAUGCUGUCGGGUGAGAGUACACCGUUGCUAAAGGAAUCGAUACAGUUGCGACCCGGCGAUGUCUCCAUUGACACUGAAGGUCUUGAUAAGAAUUCUUUCCUUUGGGGAGGUACCAAGGUUCUGCAAAUCACGCACGGCAACCCUGACGAGGAGAAACCUAAGCUUGCCUCCGGUGUUCCUGCGCCUCCCGACAAUGGUGCCAUGGCCAUCGUGAUAAAAACGGGUUUCGAGACUUCCCAGGGUAGCUUGGUUCGGACGAUGAUCUACUCAACGGAACGGGUUUCGGCCAACAAUGUGGAGGCCCUCUUCUUCAUUCUUUUCCUCCUCAUCUUUGCGCUAGCUGCCUCCUGGUACGUCUGGGACGAGGGAGUCAAGAAAGACCGCAAGAGGUCCAAGCUCCUUCUCGACUGCGUUUUAAUCGUCACCAGUGUUGUGCCCCCUGAGCUUCCCAUGGAGCUUAGCUUGGCAGUCAAUACCAGUUUGGCAGCCCUGGCUAAGUAUGCUAUCUUCUGUACAGAACCCUUCCGUAUCCCAUUCGCCGGCCGUAUCGAUGUGGCUUGCUUCGACAAGACGGGCACAUUGACGGGAGAGGAUCUGGUCGUUGAAGGUAUUGCUGGCCUCGGUCUUGGCCAUAGUGGUACAAGCACCCCUCAAGAAUCUGAUGGAGCGCAUAGCCAUUUGACUUCCGUCAAGGAGUCUGCAAUGGAGACGACUCUUGUACUGGCUACUGCACAUGCUCUUGUUAAACUGGAAGAUGGCGAGAUUGUAGGCGAUCCGAUGGAGAAGGCUACCCUUGCGGCUCUUGGAUGGGUGUUUGGUAGAAAUGAUACCCUGACAGCAAAACCUUCUGUCGCAGCUGCGGGUGGCAUCUCUGGCACUGUCCAGGUAAAGCGUCGAUUUCAAUUCUCAUCUGCUCUAAAGCGACAAAGCUCUGUUGCGACCGUGAACGCGGCCGACCCGAAGACGGGCAGCAAGAUACGCGGAACCUUGGUUAGCGUGAAGGGCGCCCCAGAAACGAUCAUGAAGAUGCUUGUUGUCGUACCCAAGGAUUACGAAGAAACCUUCAAGUACUUUACCCGACGAGGCUCUCGAGUACUGGCUCUCGCUUAUAAGCAGUUGACCCGUGACAGCGAACUGGGCUCUGGCAGAAUCAACGACCUAAAACGCGAACAGGUUGAGGCUGACCUUACCUUUGCCGGUUUCCUUGUCCUCCAGUGCCCGUUGAAAGACGAUGCCAAACAAGCCGUACGAAUGUUAAACGAGAGUAGCCACCGUGUCGUCAUGAUCACUGGUGAUAAUCCGCUUACGGCCGCCCACGUUGCUAGAGAAGUAGAAAUCGUAGAUCGAGACGUUCUUAUCCUCGACGCCCCCGAACAGAAUGAGGGAGGCGAGAAGCUCGUUUGGCGCAGUAUUGAUGACAAGACUUAUAUCGAGGUAGACGCGACAAAACCGAUUGAUCCCGAAAUUAUCAAGUCGAAAGAUAUUUGCGUUACUGGAUACGCGCUGGCCAAGUUCAAGGACAAUGUUGGUGCGUGGCGAUCACUACUCCGUCAUACCUGGGUGUACGCUCGAGUCUCCCCGAAACAAAAGGAGGAGAUUCUCUUGGGUCUAAAAGAUAUGGGUUACUUCACGUUGAUGGCGGGAGACGGCACGAAUGAUGUUGGCGCACUGAAGCAAGCCCACAUUGGUAUUGCCCUUCUCAAUGGCACGCAGGAAGACUUGACAAGAAUUGCAGAGCAUUCUCGCAACAUCAAGAUGAAGGAACUCUACCAGAAGCAAAUCGAUCUUAUGAAGAGGUUCAAUCAGCCUGCGCCCCCUGUCCCUCCCAUCAUCGCUCAUCUCUACCCGCCUGGCCCCUCCAACCCUCACUAUCAGAAGGCUAUCGAGCGAGAGGCAGCAAAGCGGGGCAUCACUCCUGACGAACUUGCGAAGCUCAAUGGUACCAAUAUUGAAACGGUGACAAGCCCAGCGGCCCAGCAACUGUUGAACCAAGACACUAGAACGGCCAAGCAACGGGAAGCUGCAAACAAGGCUGCCGGUUUUGCUGACAAGAUGACGAGCGCGAUGAUGGAGCAAGAACUAGGCGAUGACGAACCACCAACACUAAAACUAGGUGACGCAUCCGUUGCCGCGCCCUUCACCAGCAAGCUACGAAACGUCAUUGCAGUUCCCAACAUCAUUCGACAAGGCCGUUGCACUUUGGUUGCUACAAUCCAGAUGUACAAGAUCUUGGCACUCAACUGCCUCAUCAGUGCUUACAGUCUCAGUGUUCUUUACCUCGAAGGAAUUAAGUUUGGCGAUGGACAAAUCACCAUCAGUGGAAUGCUCAUGAGUGUUUGCUUCCUCUCCAUAUCUCGCGCCAAAUCUGUCGAAGGCUUGUCCAAGGAAAGACCGCAGCCCAACAUCUUCAACGUUUAUAUCAUCGGCUCUAUCCUAGGUCAAUUCGCAGUUCAUAUUGCCACACUGAUCUACAUUGCCCGAUUCUGUGACAGGCUCGAGCCGCGAUCUGAAAUGGUCGAUCUCGAGGCUGAAUUUACACCGUCGCUUCUGAACAGUGCAGUGUACCUAUUGCAGUUAAUCCAGCAAAUAUCUACCUUCGCGGUCAACUACCAAGGAAGACCCUUCAGAGAAUCCUUGUCAGAAAACCGAGGCAUGUUCUGGGGCAUUAUUUCUGUCACUGCUAUCGCCUUUUCGUGCUCGACGGAAUUUUUACCGGAGCUCAACCAGCAGAUGAAACUGGUCAAGUUUACGAGUGAAUUCAAAACAACGAUGACGGGGAUUAUGGUGCUCGACUACUUUGGCUGCUGGGUCAUUGAGGUUGUGCUCAAGCGACUGUUCAGUGACUUCCGUCCCCGUGAUAUCGCGGCGCGGCGGCCAGAGCAGAACGAGCGAGAGAGAGUUCGGAAAGAGGCAGAGAAGGCAGUGAAAGAUGCCGAAGAGGAGCGGAAGCGGUUAGAGAAGGUUGAGGAGUUCGAGAGGAAGUUGGAAGAAAGAAGACAAAAGAUUCGUGAAUGGGGUCAAGGCACGCCAGCCCAGGCCGCUGCCGGAAGGUGA